UUGCGCGUGAACUUUACCGACCGCGAUACCGAAUUUGCACCUCAGCUGGAAUGAAAAACGGAGCGCAACUGGAGAAGAAGCACCAAUGAAUUGGAGACGUUAAAAAUUAGCGCAAUCGAGGCCCUGGGCAGUAUGAUUCUUCGGAUUCUCUCAAGUAGUCCAUAUGUAUGAAGUCCCAUCCCACUUGUCCCAUUUUGUAACUCGUCUCACUUGACUUGAAAUUUGAAAAUGGCACAAAUCAAGUUGGCCUCCACAUGUAUUGCCAACAUCAAAAAAGAAGAAGAAGAAGUAUCUUUGGUUCCAACUGACACUGUUGACAUGUGACACAAUGUGACAUAAAUUAAAAAAAUUGUCUGUGAUUAAUCACUCACACGGACGAAAAAUUCUGAUUGGAAAGUUGAGCGAGAAAUUAAAUAUUAAUUAGUUGUUAUUUGAAAAUGAGUGAAAUAGAUGCACAUAGUAAAUUGCCAGAAGCAAAUGAAGCCAAUGGUAAUGUAAAUCGUGACAAGACACGACAUGGUUGGGUGAAAUUUGACGAGGAAACGGGGCAAACAAGCAAUCCCCUAGGAGGUGAAACACAAGUUGAUGUAGAAGAAACCGAUGUCGCAGCUACCACUUCCACUAAAUGUGCUACCCAACCUCCAGCAGUCUUGACCACAGAGACUGUGCACGUAAACUUAGAACGUGGAGACAGAAACACGGAAACUGCAACGCAGGGUACUUUGUCGAAAAACGUAGAGUUCGUUAACAUACGUCAUGGUUUUACCAAUGGUGACAUAAUAGUAACACUUUUACCUGUUAACUCAAAAUGGCCCUGGAUAACUGCUGCCCAUUUCCGUCCUGAGUUGGUACCUGAAGAAUUGAUGGCUCAAGGGCUCACUCUAACCGUAGAAGAAUAUGUCCAUGCUAUGGAGUUACUAGUGAAUGAUGCCCGUUUUACCCUAUACAAUAUAUGCUACAAGCGAGUCCUUAUGUGUUGGAUCAGCCUUGCAUUUCUUGUACUCUUAGCUCUAUUGUUCUCAGGUCUAACAGGUUUAACUUUAUUUUCCCUUGGAGUAUUAUGGUUAAUACUUAAUGCAGCUGCCAUAUUUUUAUGUAUGUGGAUCAAGUUACGACUUUCAAAGGGCCUAGAACAAUGUUUAUCAAGUGUUAAUAAGUUGCUCAACAAACACAAACUUAUUCUUACUUUGGAUGAUAGAGGUAAAAUAUCAUGUCACAAAGUUAAUCUUUGCUUUAUAUAUUUUGAUUCUGGGCCUUGUAUUGCUCAUAUACAGCAAUUUAUUGAGAGUGAAGAGGGUAAGACUAUAAUGCAAGGCUGGGAGCAAAGGCUUGAUGUUUCUGCUAAUGAUAUAGUUAUACAAGGAAGUCAAUCCACAAGGCUAUCAAGAAGACAGGAACGGGGUGAGCUUCUAUAUUUUCGGUACAUCGGUCGAUGGGGUGCGUACGCCGUCAAAAACAGGUUGAAUCUCAGCAGCACUGUUCCAGGGCGUCACGGCGAAAAGUACGUAUGUCCGUGCCAAUUUAUAGAAGAACAUCUGCAAACUAAACCACCAGCCGGUAUUGCAAAAUUCUUUUCUCUCCCCAAUCAAAGUAUUCAGUUGUAUUAAAGUUGUGAAGAUAUUUUACAUAUACAUAUUAUGUAUUAUAAUAAAACAAUUUUGUAUAUCCGUCCAAUAUUUAGUAUUUUAGAGAUUUUUUAAAAAAUAUUUUAAAUUAUCAAACUGAAGUAACUAGCUGAAAUUAAACUAUUUUCAGCCAGUCAAAGUAUUCAGUAGUUGUUAGCUGUUAAGAAUAUUUACCAGUUACAUUUGUACAUAGUAUGUAUAAAAUGAAUUGUAUAAUUCCGUCCAUAAAAACUUACAUUAUGAAUGAAUUUAGAAUAAGACUAUAAAAUUUCCAUUAUAAGAAUUCAACUAUGAAUGUAAGUAUUGAUUUAACAUAUAUUUAUUUUAACAUAUUUAUUAUGAAACUGCUGUUAAAAAUGUCGCAAUUAGUCUACCCUAUAGAUUUUAGUAAUAUUGCAUUAAAUACGGACGUACGAUUAACGACGUUGACACGAAACCUGCUUAGCCUUAGUAUUGCAAUAUAAUCUAUUUUUGUUGAGGUACAAUCGUGUCAUCACUGUGACAGAUCAGUCUCAGUUUUAUACAUUUUAUACAAUGUAUACAGGUGGUCCUUAAGUUAGCGUCUUAGGCCCAGCUACCUCCGGUGUCAUUGAUUACACUGACACCGGAGGUAGCUGGGCCUAAGACGCAUCGUACACAAGACUAAAGUCUUGAUUUUCUCGUAAGCUGACGUCGGUGACCGACAUGUCUGCGGCGCGUACGAACAUACACCAGUAACUACUAUGUAACUAACGACAGCGUUGCUUCAUUGAACUAAUUAAUAUUCAACGCGCCGCCAACGUCGGUCACUCACGACGUCAGCCUAAAUGGAAAUCAAGCCUAAUAUUUACGUAGUAACUAUUAGGUAAUCUGUGCUGUGCUGUGAAAACUUUGAUAUUUUGAAAUUUUAGCGAUUUUUUAAAAUGGACUUAAAGAUUUGUUCAAUGCUUUUUAGGCCCUCUGCUACUUUUGGGACAUCGUGUAUAGUUUAGUUGCAAAAUUACUAAAAUCUAUUGGCGCGGACUAAUACUUAAAUUGUGUUGAAAAUAAAAAUAAAUUAUAUCCCGUCGAAACGCCAGUGCUAGCAAAGUGCGAAGUUCUCAUUCAAUUAUUUAUCAAUUAUGGCAAUUACUAUUAUGUACUGACUGAUAUUCCUUACUAAUAAAAUUGUUUUUUUACUGAAUUGAUUUGUAAGAGAAGACAGAAGGCAUGACGCCAUUAUUAGAGAAUCACACAAUAUUUCCUUAAUAAUUGUAUGUAACUAGACUACCUAUUAGGAAAUUAAUUGGAAACAUAAACUCUACCUAAUUAAUUAUCCUUUGGAAGCACUGGCUGACUUCGAUGUACACAAUAUAGCUAACGUGCUUACCUACAUGUCAUGUGUGAAAUAUUUGCUCAUAAUUUUACAUGGGUGUAGUAAAAUUAACCGUGUACUUAGUACUUAAAAGACUUUUAAAAAAACAAAGAUUUUAUUUAUUGCAUGUUUUGAGAGUUAUUAAUUAUUGCAAUAGUAGAUAUAAUAGAUUAAAACUUAUAAGUAGUUUCAUAUUUAUAUGAUGAAAGUGGCCAUAUUUAUGGUAUGACUAGACUUAAUUAAUGUUUAUUGAAAUGUUUUAUAUUAAUUUAUUUUCUGUACAAGCAUACAUAUUAUUAUUUGAUUUAAGAACAUAUUUUAUGGUUGGUACAUAAUAAUAUAACGAAAUUCUGUCAAACAAUUGAAGUAGGUUUAUUUUCACUUGGCAUUUACAAUGUUUUAUUUCUACUAAUAUUUAAGUCUGUAUAUUUUAUGAAUUCAACACUUUUAAUAUGCUAUUAAAUAGAUGCUAUCAUAUUAUUAUUAUAUCACCAAAUUUUUUUUAUUGGCAAAGUGAAAUUAAACCUAUUCGAUCUCUUGAUAGAUACACAAUACUUUGUAAGGAAAUGUAUAAUUAGGAUAAGACAUCAUUAAUGAAUCAUUUUAUGAAAUCCUUUUACGUUCAUCUUAUUCUCAAUUAUGUAUACAGCUAUUAUUUGAGUACUAAUAAUGAAACUCUUUAUAUGUUUUUACAACUCUGGGAAAAGGUAGAUACCUCAACUUGUUUCAAGCAAACUUUAUAUGUUCUACAUGCUAUGUACGUUCGCAAUUAUAUCAGAAAGUAUAUGAGGAAAAUUGGUGAAGUGCAUUUUACAGAUUUUUAAAUAUUUUAGAGAAAUAUAAUCUGGCUGUUUUUACACCCUGUAUCUACGUUAGUUUAUAUGCAGUUGUAUCUGUAUAUGGCCUUAAGACGGCCAUACUAAUAAAGGGAAUCCGAAUAUUAAUGUCUGUACAAUACAAAACAUGCAAUGAAAUGAAUUAGCUCGAAAAAAUGUGCCUUGUGAAUUUUAGAUCUUCUAGAGAUAUUACACUUUCACACUUACUUUAAUAUUAUUGAAAGUAAUCCAGUAUUUAUAGUUGGUAUCAUUAUGCAAGGAAAUAAUUUCCAUAUAGUAUCUACUUGAAAUUGCUUUUUUUAACAUUCAUAGGCAGAAAACGCACUCAUUUUAUUAUCAUGAAACAUUAAAUUGUAUGUGUAUUGUGUACACACGGACACACUAUUAACUAU